AUGCGGCAAACACAAGACGGAUCUCUUGAAGAAUUUUUCCACCUCGAGCUACACAUUCCAUUACUAUCUUACGUCGUCAAACUUAUUGACAAGCAAACUGGAGUUGCGGAGGAAAUUGUUCGACUCUUCACGGCAAAUCGCAACGGAGGUAAUUUGAUAACAUGGCUUGGAAAAAUUGAUGACAAUUCAGAUCAGACAAUCGAAUCUUUCAUGAAAAGUUUAUUAGAAUCGGUCGAGACUAGCAAGCUAGCAUAUCGUCUACUAUCAAUGCGAUAUACAGACUUUAAUUCUGUUUACGAAAUUCUUCGUGGAUCCGAUAGCUAUUAUGACUUGCUAAUGGGUGGCAGUCACUGGUUAAAUUACGCUGCAUACAUUUGUUUCAACUUCAUUGAGCACGAAGCGAAGAGUUUUUCUGUGGUGCCUAAUGUACUUAAUCUCAUGCGUAAGCGAUGGAUAAUCGAGGAAACUGUGCUAAAAAAUUCCCUUUCGACAAAAAGAGCUAUGUUGACUGCGACCAUCGAUAUUCCGAAUUUCUAUUUCGAAGGAUUUUCUCGGUUGGACUUUACUGAGGAUCAAGUGCGUCUGCUCAAAGCUGCGUUGCAGUAUGCUGAUCAAACAAUUUUGGUUAGAGAAGCCUUGAAAGCAAACAGGCAGGUUUCUUCUUUUGCCAAUAAACUAGGCAAGAAGACAGUGGAGGACACAUUCAAGUUGAUGCUGAAAAACGAGGAACUCGUGCAAGAGCUUCAAGCGGUGCUCCUUGACAAUGAAGCAGUGCAAUUGCUUAAAAAAAUUAUGAAAGAGGUAAAUGGUGUUGAAGCCUUUUUGUUGCGUUUACCAAAACGUGGUGCAGGGAUAACGCCGAAGGAAUUUGAAGUUAUGACUAAGCUUGAAGGGUUGAUCAGAGAUGAGGAUACAUUCAGUGUGCUCAAAACGGCUAUGAAGCAUGCUGAUAGUCUAACGAUGUUUAAAGAUGCUUUGGCAUCAGAAGGACGGCUAAAAUUAGUUGAAGACAUGUUAAGCAGUACGGAAUUGGAUUCCGCGACGAUAUUAAAAGGGAUUCUCGACGAAGAGAAUAAAGUGCAAUUACUCAAAGAGGCAGUGAAGGAUGAUACGCGCUUGAAGUUAUUUAGAUCGGCGUUGGAGGACAAGAAAGGUGUCAAGAAAUUCAAAUCGGCGUUGGAGGACAAAGGUGUCAGGAAAUUCAGAUCGGCGCUGAAGUAUAAGAAACUGAAGGGUGAACUCGAUGCGGUAUUAAAGGACAUGAAUCAAGUGUUUUUUCUCAGAGUGGCUGUUAAAGAUCAAACACGUGCAAAUUUGUUUCGAGCAGCAUUGGAGGAUAAGGAACAUAUGGAAGAAUUCUUAAACGUAUUGAACGAACAGAAAUUGGCAAAUGUGUUUAGACCGAUGCUCAAUGAAAAGUAUCAGUUGGAAUGGCUUGAAAAGGCUGUUAGUACUGAAACAGUUGGAGAGUUUACAAGGAGAAUGGAUAAAAGAGAUCAAUGGAUGCUGAUAGAUGAGAUUAUAAAGUAUCUCGACUCAAUUAUCGAAGAAAAAGUUAACAGAAAAGUUAAACCUUAG